GGCAAAUACUUGAGGGACUAAGAGAAAGUAAUAUUCCCUCGGUACAAAGCCAAGUGUGACCAGCUGCUUCUAACAAACAGAAGCAUUGCUGACGCAAUCAGGCUACAAAAGGCGAGCCCCGAGCCCGCUUUCCCUUAUUCUGUGUCUGACAGUGAGCGCAGCGAUGGUGGAGGAGAAGAAAGGACAAGUUGCCAAGAAGGGCGCGAAGAAAGUGGUGAAGAGGGCGCCAGCGAAAGGCGGUAAGAAACGGAGAAGAUGUAGGAAAGAAAGUUACUGCAUCUACAUCUACAAAGUGAUGAAGCAGGUUCACCCCGACACCGGCAUCUCUUCCAAGGCGAUGAGCAUCAUGAACUCGUUCGUCAACGAUAUUUUCGAGCGUAUCGCGGGGGAGGCUUCCCGCCUGGCCCAUUACAACAAGCGCAGCACCAUCAGCUCCCGGGAGAUCCAGACCGCGGUGCGGCUGCUGCUGCCCGGGGAGCUGGCCAAGCACGCCGUGUCGGAGGGUACAAAGGCGGUGACCAAGUACACCAGCUCCAAGUGAGACCCCACAUUGUGCAGAGAAAAACACAUCCAAAACCCAACGGCUCUUUUCAGAGCCACCCACAAUUUCAAUGAAGCAGUUGAACCAUUUUUCGUUUGUAAAUGAUUCUCGGUAUCUAUAAUUAAUGUCCCUAAUCUUUAUCUUUGUUUACACAAACGUUCUAAAAAUUAAUGUGCUGGUCCCUGUCCCUUUCUCCGUUACUUUCGGUUGCCUUCCUACCCAGUCUCUCCUCCCUCCCUGCACAGAUGCAUAUUUAUCGUCACUCAGUCAUUUUUUCCAGCACCUACUUUAUGUUCCAGUUAUUAUUUACCCCAUGAUCAGGAAUUUCACCCCCUGGAAAGAAAACUAACUGCUCGAGUCCCACGAACAUAUUUUGCAGAAUACUUGUCAUUGAGGAUUUCAGCUGUGGGUGAGAGGCUUUCAAAAUGAACUGAGAUAAAGCCCGAGCCAGGAUUGCAGUCGCAAGUGUGAAACUGUGUUCAAGGACAAUAUGGGAGGGCAACUUCAAACUAUUGUUUCAAGUUUUAACCCGCUCACCCGGAAGAAAAACGUUGUGUACGUUUUUAUAAAUACAUCAAUGUUAAAGUGAAUUAAAUUCAAAGAAAAAUUAAACUGUUCAUUCCUCUUUGUGAAACUCCCCCCACCCCACCACAUAUCCUACAUGUUGGUUUUUUUUUCAAAUUUGUCCCAAUAGGGUAUGAACGCUGGAUUUCACCCGCGAAAAAUUAUGAUCUCUUAUUUGAGUCCCAUUAGUAGAAAUGUCGUGCGAUUCCUUUUUCAAUUUCCAAAUCUGUCAGGGAAUUUAUCCGAUUUUUUUUCAGUUUGCAGUGUGUGGGGCUUUCUGCUGUCGGUGAGAGGCUUUCAAAAUGAACCGAGACCGUCCGGAAAGACUGAUCCAGCCCAAUAAGUGAGGGCUAUUUUACAAUGUUUUCGGAAAACGGUGUUGCUUAGGGAGUGGCAGAGAGAGAUUAUGUGAAGUGAACAUUUUUAACUGAAAGGAAAUUAAAUCGUGGCCAUUAAUGCAAAAAUACUUGUAAAACCUCUUCCUCGUAUUGCCCAUGUUGGCGGGCUUUUUAAAUCGCAAAGAAAACGGUUGAAUAUUGGCGCCGGUAUUUUUCUACGGUUUCCACGCAGAGGAAUUUUGUUUUAUUUUUAAAAUCUCCCCGCGGGUUCUAUCCAGUUUUGCAGAAAGCUAUAAAUGAGGCUUUCUGCUGUCGGCGGGAAAAUUUCCAAGUGAACCGAGAUAAAAGCAGAACAGCUGCCGGACUGGCAUCGCAAAAGUAGAAAUAUUGUUGAUCUUGUGCAACAGGGAGCGCGAUUGUAAAAUAUUGUUUAAAGCAGUAUUGAGUUCAACGAGAAAGAAAAAGUUGUGUGAUACUUUUAUCAUUAUAU